GCCAGGGGAGGGGAAUCUGUAGAUUCGAGUCACAUAAUAAAGACAGUUCACUGGAAGUAAAGGUGUGUGAAACUGUGAAUGUGUGUGUGUGUCUCCUAAACAACUGUGCCACAGUCUCAGGAGACACAGCAAGCAGUGUGUUCCUAUCUCCUGCUGGAUCUGCUUUACUAACAUGACCUCCUCAGCUCCUUGCAGAGGUCUGGAUUAUAAAGGCUAAGCAUUCUCUUCUGACCACUUUCCCUGUGACUACUGCUACUGACAGCUCUCGAAUCAGCCUCAUACUGAUCAUCUCAUUGAUGUUGCUAUGAAGAGAGAGGUCAGAAAUGACUGAUGUAGAGCCUGGGGUCACAGAUUUUGCAUCAUCAGGGAGAGCCGGUCGCCGAAAUGCCUUACCAGACAUCCUUGGAUCUCCAGCUGGAGCAGAGACUGCUGACCUCCCUCAGAAACUAGCAGAACUAUCCCUGUCCCAAGAUGAAGGUGCUGAAGGUGGAGAAGCAUCUUCUGGAGAGUCUCCAGCUGAAACUCCUGAAGAAAAGUCAGAGACUUGAAGAUGGUUAUCACACAGGAAUAUAUCCACCGAGAGGCAGAGCAGCACGAAUAAAUCAGCCAGGGUUAUGUCUUUAAUGCUGUGUGUGGACUAUGCAACAUCUUCGUAUAUGGGCAUAAUAUCAACUAGCCCCUCAGUUCUCUUGCUCGUUUUGGACAGAAAUGUGUUUUCUACUUUAGCUGGAAAUAGAGAACAUUUAAAACUCAGUUAGGUUUCGAGUUAUAGGAGAAAGAAUGUUAAGGAAGGUAUUUUCUGAUCCUUGUACUUUGCAGAUAGUCAACAGCCACAAAUACUACAACUGGACUCAAGGAUUUAUUAAAAAUAUAACAGUGAUAAAGGUAACAGAGGUUGGUGUUUAGGAUAAUGGAAUAUAUAGCUUUGUUUUUUGUAACAAUAUCAAUAAACUCACAGUCUCCGUAAAUCCUCUUUCUUUUUAAACUUUAGCCCGACAACCAAUGCCAAAAUUAGGUCACUGUCUGAUAUUCAUCCUGAGAGCUGCUUUUGUGUUUGCUAAUGGGGACAGAGGGGCAUGUAUAAAGGCAACCAUUUUUUCAGUGCCUUAAUGUCAUCAUUCCAAAGUGUGACAAUCCCCAAAGGGGCUUGACAUCCUAAACUCUUAACUUUGGUGGUGAACUACAACUCCCAUCAUCGAGGACAGUUCUAGUCCAGCAUCUCCCGAAGAGUCGUUGGUUAGCAAUCCUUUCAAUGAGUAAGGUGAAAAAGAUUCCAUAUGAGCCCAAACGAUGUUAUCGACAGAAGCGGCUACCUACAUCAACAGCAGUUAAUACUUAAUUUUCUGUGCUUGUCACUGUCAGCCAAUGUAGCAAUGUUUGUGGUUUCAGCUGUUUGAUAUGAAAAUAAAAAUAAUAUCGACAUCGA